GGCAGCAGAACAGAAGUGCUACGUCCUGGCUGUCGAUCAUACGCGAUUUACAGGCAGUAAUGAAGUGACAGACAGACAAAAACUUAAUGUCAAACAAAUGGUGUCUAAAUAGAAUAUGGCGCCGUCGGGCUCGCGUAGUAUCAAACGGAGCUGUCAGACAGUUUUGUAUUGGAUUCCAGUUAUUUUUAUCACCCUCAUAGUGGCUUGGUCUUACUACGCGUAUGUUGUACAGCUCUGCAUAGAAUCGAUCGACAACAUUGGACAGAAGAUUGUUUAUCUGCUGGCCUAUCAUGUUGCCUUCAUCUUGUUUACCUGGGCCUACUGGCAGACCAUCUUCACCAAGCCCAUGAACCCCCUGAAAGAGUUCCACCUGUCCUACUCAGACAAGGAGCUGUUGGAGCGCGAGGACCGUGGAGAGUCUCAGCAGGAGAUUCUUAGAAGGAUAGCCAAGGAUUUACCCAUCUACACCCGCACCAUGUCUGGAGCUAUUCGUUUCUGUGAUCGCUGCCAGCUGGUCAAGCCUGAUCGAUGUCACCAUUGCUCAGUCUGUGAUAAAUGCAUCCUAAAGAUGGAUCACCAUUGCCCCUGGGUGAAUAACUGUGUGGGCUUCUCCAACUAUAAGUUUUUCAUGCUGUUCCUGGCAUACUCCUUAUUAUAUUGCAUUUUCAUCACUGCUACAGAUCUACAGUACUUCAUUAAAUUCUGGACCAAUGGUCUGCCUGACACCCAGGCUAAGUUCCACAUCAUGUUCCUGUUCUUCGCGGCUUCCAUGUUCUCUGUCAGUCUGGCCUCACUGUUCGUCUACCACUGCUGGCUGGUCUGCAAGAACAGAUCCACUCUGGAGGCGGUCCGCGCGCCAGCGUUCCGUCAUGGGGCAGAUAAGAAUGGCUUCAGUCUGGGCCUCAGUAAGAACUUCCGCCAGGUCUUCGGUGAUGAAAUGAGAUACUGGCCAUUUCCUGUGUACUCCAGUCUGGGUGAUGGGUGCUCCUUCCCAACCUGUCUGGUGAACCAGGAUCCUGAGCAGCCCACCUCUCCUGGACACAACCCCCCUCCCGACAAGACUGUUGUUGGAGAGAGCCACCAGUUCCCAGCCAAACCACUGAGGGAGUCCCAAAGUCGACUGCUGAACAGCGCUCCCUCCUGGACAGAGAAUGGGGGGGCAGAGGACAAAGAGAGACGGGGCACAAGUAACCCAGCAAUGGCCAUAGAGAAUGAAACAUAACCCCGGCGAGGAAUGACGACUUCUACGUGGAAUCAUAGGUCUAUGGUGAUCCCAGUGUUCAGCGUGCCUAUGAGAAUGUGCAGUUGUGAUAUCACCAUAACCAGUCAUCUUUCUUACCAUAACACACUGCUGUAGUUAAUUGCUGCUUAGAAGGGCUUAGUUUACUGUUGUUUUUGCUCUCACCAGUAUCAUUGGAAACAGACGUAACAUUUGAAUCCAACGAAGCAUUGUUAUUGUUGUUUCUAAAGACAUCAUUUAACAUGGUGAAAACUGGUUUCCUGAAGGCUGAAUAUUGAGUAUGAGAUCAAGUUGUGGCCUCGGAAGAUUGAAGUUGCAUUCCAAUUACUUGCCGUGUUUUUUCAAGUUUGGAUCUGAAAAGCAUAAGAAUAGAAUGAGAAGUGUUUUAUUUUCACUUUGUAUAACAGGUGGUUGGUCUAAGACGCUACAUUUGUAUGUGUUCAGUACAUCUAUAUUAUUUUAGUAAAGGACCCUUGAAGUAUUGUUGUAUGAUUUGAUUAUCUUGGACUUCGUCUUCAAAUUAGUCUAUUUUUACUUGUGUAAUGUCUAAACUAGAAUGACUAACUUGUAUUUGUGAUUGACAGAAACAGUAUAAAUAUUCCAUUUGAAUGUAAUUUUAGAAUUUGCCAAUACUUAAUCCUAACCCAACAUGCAAAGAUGUAUGAUAGUGAAUGUUGAUUCUAUGAUUGUAUAGACAUAUUUUAAGAGUAAAAGCUGCUUUGUGUGCGUGAUUAUUGGAUGAGAUAUGCAGUGUUAGGCUUUUUAUGGCACUGAACAUGAAAGAAGUAUUGAAAAGAUUAACAACCUGUUGUGAUUUAAAAAAAAAAAAUCCUUCAAUUAACUGAUGCAUGCUUCAUACUCAGGAUGCUAACAAAACAUAAGAAAGUAAAUAGUUUCAUGUAUUAUAUCAGUUUCUCUCUCUUGGAAACGUGGUAAAAUCACUGUUGCAUAAUAAUCAUUUGAAUAAGGGCUAUAUUGAUAUUCUUUGAUUUGAAAGGAUUCCUGUGUUCCUCUGGCAUUGGUGAGAAUACCAUUGGCUCUUAGACAUCACCAAUCAGUCUUAUUUUUUGAUAUGUCAGUGUGCUUGCCAUGUCAAGUGUUCCUGUAGUGCUAUUUAUUGUCAAACUGCCAGCCAAAGAUCCUGUUUUUCUCCAGAGGCCUGACACACUGGCCUAUGAUCUUCAAAUCCAAGCCUCGGUUUCAGAAUGUUUGCUGCAUUCUCAAUUCAACUCCAUUCAAAUAUGGAAGUGCUGCAGAAAUAAUACAGCGAUUGCUCCAGCUGUUCCAUUCCUUGUGAGGGUUCUGUUCUGAUUGUACUCCUUUGGUCCUUUUAAAUUACAUUUUCUGUUUGGAAAUGAGUCAUCAGUUAGCAUCGGUUUUCAUUUUGGUAAAUGGCUCAAAUGUAUGCAAAACCUUGUCAAUCUAUAUUUUUUUAAUACUCUGUGCAUGAAUGGAGAAAAAUACAUUUAUGAACAUGUGAGGCUAUGUACUGUAUUGUGAUGCCUUAUCAGAUAAAUACAAUGAUGCCAUG